AUGUUUCCAAUCACUACAAUUGAUGCUACUGUUUUACAAAAAUGUUCAGAAUGUGAUGCUGAAAAAAAUCUUUGUAUCUGUUUAUCGUGUAACCUACUUUUUUGUGAUCAUAUUGAAGAAGAUCAUAUAUUUAGUCAUUUUAUAUCAACGCAACAUGCUUAUGGAAUGAAUUUGAAAGAAAAAAAAAUUUUUAAUCUUUCUCUUGAUAAAUAUGAUAAUGAUUUUAUACAAAAAAACAAUUGUACACAGCUUGUUGAAUAUCCAUUUGAUGAUUUUAUCUCAAAUAUGAUAACUGAUUAUAAUGAUCCAUUAAUAACUGAUAAUGGAUCUGAACGUAUUGUUGAAAAAGAAAAAUUGAUGAAUAUUGAUUUGAUUAAAAAUCUUGAAGAUUUACGAAAUGAAAACAAAAGUUUAUCAACAACUAUUGAUGGUUUAACACAAGAGAAAGAAAAACAAGACAAACAACUAAAUGAAAUUCACCAAAAUUUAGUUAAUGAAAGAGCAACAAAUAAACAAUUAGAAAAACGUUUUAAUAAAAAUCUUGAAGAUUUAGGAAAUGAAAACAAAUAUUUAUCAACAACUAUUGAUGGUUUAACACAAGAGAAAGAAAACCAAGACAAACAACUAAAUGAAAUUCAACAAAAUUUAGUUAAUGAAAGAGCAACAAAUAAACAAUUAGAAAAACGUUUGAAUAAAAGUCAACAAGAGUUAAAUAAAUUAAAACAUGAUUUUAACGAAGAAAAAAUCAUCAACCAACAAUUAAUUCAAAAACAAAACGAUCUUACGGAUAAAAUGGCAAAUCAGAACAAGGAAAUCAAAACACUUAAUGAUCAAGUUAGUGAUUUAAUUCUUCAUCUUGAGGGUGUAGAAAAACUUAAAUUUGAAGCAACAUCAGAUGAGCUUGCAGCAAGUCAAAUUCUUAUUAGUUCCAAACCAAAACAAGCUCGACGUCGAAAAUAA